GGGUUAAGGGAUGGUCCUAAUCCCUCCUGGCCCUUCCCAGGUCCUUGAAGCAGAGAGAGCGAAGGUCCCUGCCGUGUCCAGCACAGCUCCUGGUGUUCCCUGCCUGCUGCUGACACCCAUUUCUCCUCCUGCAGCUCGGCGCAGGAGGAAAUGCCAUCCAGGACUCAGUGCUGAGUGUGCCCAUGAAGCCGUCGAGGUGCGGCCGGGGCAGCGGCGGCUGCGGCGGGACAGCAGCCACUGGAAUCGCUGACCAUGACGUUCACAGUGCUCGACUACAGCAUCUUUGCACUACUGCUGGUGCUCUCCUCUGCCAUCGGGCUCUUCUACGCACUGAGUGGCAACCGGCAGCGCACUGUACAGGAGUUCCUCCUGGCCAACCGCAAUAUGGGCUGCUUGCCUGUUGCCCUCUCCCUGCUGGCCACCUUCCAGUCGGCCGUGGCCAUCCUGGGUGUGCCCUCUGAGAUCUACCGCUUUGGCACCGAGUACUGGUUUCUCGGCUGCUCCUACUUCCUGGGGCUGCUCAUCCCCGCUCACGUCUUCAUCCCCGUCUUCUACCGUCUGCGUAUCACCAGCACCUAUGAGUACCUGGAGCUGCGCUUCAACAAGACAGUGCGGAUCUUCGGCACCAUCACCUUCAUCUUCCAGAUGGUGAUCUACAUGGGGGUGGUGCUGUACGCGCCAGCACUGGCACUAAACGCAGUGACUGGCUUUGACCUCUGGAGUGCGGUGCUCACCAUGGGACUGGUCUGCACACUCUACACCACGCUGGGCGGGCUGAAGGCUGUCAUCUGGACCGACGUGUUCCAGACGCUGGUGAUGCUGGCGGGGCAGCUGGCUGUCAUCGUGGUGGGCGCCGGGCGCGUGGGUGGCAUGGCUCACGUCUGGCACCUGGCUGAGCGUGAGGGCAAGAUCUCUGGCAUCGACCUGGACCCCGACCCUUUCCAGCGGCACACGUUCUGGACGCUGGCGGUUGGGGGGAUCUUCAUGAUGCUGUCGCUGUACGGGGUGAACCAGGCGCAGGUGCAGCGCUACCUGAGCGCCCGCAGCGAGCGCGAGGCCAAGCUCUCCUGCUACGCUGUGUUCCCGUGCCAGCAGCUCGUGCUCUGCCUCAGCUGCCUCACCGGUCUCGUCAUGUUUGUGUACGACCGGCAGCACCCACUGGUGCCCAACCAGCGCCCCAGCUCCUAUGACCAGCUGGUGCUGCACUUCGUGAUGGACGUGCUGCGUGACCUCCCUGGGCUACCCGGGCUCUUCGUCGCCUGCCUCUUCAGCGGCUCCCUCAGCACCAUCUCCUCUGCCUUCAACUCGCUGGCCACCGUCACCAUGGAGGACCUGGUGCGGCCACGCUGCCCUGGGCUCUCAGAGUCAAGGGCCACCAUGCUCUCCAAGCUGCUGGCCCUGUGUUACGGACUGCUCUGCUUGGGCAUGGCGUACAUCUCCUCCAUGCUGGGCCCAGUGCUGCAGGCUGCCAUCAGCAUCUUCGGGAUGGUGGGGGGGCCACUGCUUGGGCUCUUCUGUCUCGGCAUGUUCUUCCCCUGCGCCAACUCCACGGGCGCGGUGGCAGGACUGCUGGCCGGGCUGGCCAUGGCAUUCUGGGUGGGCAUCGGGGGAUUGCUGCAAGGCAUGGGGGGGACUGGGGCCCCCCUCCAAUCCAACAGCACUGUGCUGCCCGCCAUGGGCAACCUUACCACCGAGCUGGCCACCACCCUGCUGCCCCCCAUGGGCAACCUCACCACUGCGCUGGCCACCCCUCUGCUGACCCCCACAGCUGCCCCCCUGAGGGGGCUUCAGCGCUUCUACAGCCUCUCCUACAUGUGGUACAGCGCCCACAACUCCACCACCGUCAUCCUGGUGGGGGUCUUGGUCAGCCUGCUCACCGGCCCCACGCCGCCCCACACCGUGGACCCCCGCACCAUCUCCCCACUGCUGCCCCGCCUGCUGUGCUGCCUGCCCCACAAGUACCGGCAGCGUCUCUGCCCCGAGGGGUGCGACCCCCCCCAGUGCCCCCCCGUGUCCCCCCAGGACACCAACCACUCGGACUCAGCGGUGAAGCCCAAGGGGGGGAUUCCCAACGGCCUGCCCCGCCCCGGGCAGGAGGAGGAGCAGGAGGGGGAAGGCCAGGGCUACAUCCGCACAGCGGGGCCCCCCGUGUACGCCCUGCAGGAGACCUCCUUCUAACCCCCUCCCCAUUGCAAUGGGGGUCUGGCCCCUGCGCCCCCCAGCAGCACCAAAGCACCGGGGGGGCUGGAUUCCUGGGGGGUGGGGAGGGAGAUCUGCAUCCUCGUGGGGGUGCAGGGUCCCUGCUAGGGGGGGAUCUGGGUCCCUGGGACAGGAGCAUCCUGGAUGCCUGUGAUUGAGGGAUCUUGGUUCCUGCCAGGGGUGGGAAUUUGAGAAGGGUCUGGGUCCCUCUUGGGGGGAGAGGAUCUGGGUCCCUGGGAGGUGUCCUGGCCCCCUUGGUGGGGGGUUGGCCAGGCGCCCCCCAGCUCUCCAUCACCCCCCAUCUUUCGGGUCGCUGCUGCCGCCCGGGGGAUCUCUGGGACCACAACUGUGCGGGGAGGGGGGCGAUCGAGCGCGGUGCCCCCUCCUCCGGCCAUGUGCCUUACAAGCUGCUCCCGGACUGGGCGCGGCCCCCACCGCAGUUCAUCAUCUCUGUCUUCGGUGUCCUCCAAUAAAUGGGUUUGGACCGCAGGACGCGUGAACGACCGCCCCCUCAGCAGGGACCGGGGGCGUGGCCUGU